GCUGGGGCGGGGUUCUGAGUUGGAUGAUCAGCCAUGAUCAUAAUAAAUGGCGGUGCAGGCUCGAAGGGCUGAAUGGCCUACUCCUGCACCUAUUUUCUAUGUUUCUAUGAAACGAUGACGGUUUACUCUUUCCUAUGGAUGGUACCUGGUCUGUUGAGUUCCUUCUGCAUUUUGUGUGUGUUUUGGUUAACCAUUCAUUUGUGUUUAAGUAUGUUCGCUUCCCAGGAAAUGUAAUCAUGUUCUCAAAGCAUGCUGGGAGCAAUUGAUUAAGAUCUUGUUUUUUUACCUUGUAGUAUAGCAGCUGAUUUGAUCUGCUGCUUCAAGGCAGUGAUGAUCUUCAAUUCAGGCUGAACUUUUUCUUUGUAGUAUUAAUAUUUCAAGAACAACUUGAUACUGAAUUGAAACUUUUUAAAAAAUCCUAGAGGGCAGCAAAGCUUUGAGUUGGCCUCUUUUGCAUAGAUCUAUUUUACUCUUAUGAAUAGAAUAUCAAUAUGUGACGUGUUAUCAUUGGGAGUAGGCACACUGAUCACUGCACUCAGAAAAGUGGCUGGAAGGGAGCUUUUGAGGUACUGUUUCUUCGGCAAAGUCUUGAGUCAGAGAUGGCCUCAAAUAUCAAUACGCAAGAGAUCAGAUUGCUCUUCUAAUUCUGUUGACUUGUGAAAUAAAUGCCAAAGGAAUUUAUUUGAGUCAUCCUAUAACGAGUUUAAUACUUUUGUAGUGAUACCCAAGCUCAAUUUUUUUUAAAACUUCUGCUAGAAACCCUCUUUUUCCCAUGUGCUUAUCAUGAAGUCAGUGGGACUGUAAUAAGUAAGUCCCAUGUUCAAUUUUAACUGCCAGGCCAAGCAAAAUUUUCUGCUAUAGUUUUAUUUUCAAUAUCGAUCCUCUACCUUUUAUGACUGGAACUUCAUAUCCUGUUCUUAGAACUGAGGCUGGAGUUUAUUGUUUGCUGGAUUUGGGCACUGUGAAUGUACGACUUCAAGUAUCACACCUCGUUCUCGGUUUUGUGGUAGCAGCAAACUCUGCACAAGGCAUUCAAAGUCAAAUUAACUGCAUUUCAUUCUGAAUUACAAAUUAAGUGAGUUUUUCUUAAUGUCCUUAAAGUUAACAUUUUUAUCAUGAUCUUAAAGUAAUGGGCACUGCUGAUUAGGGAGCUGGGCCAUACAGUAUUUGAUCUACUGGGGGAAAAUCUUAAUAACUUGUGAGUAAUCUGCUUUGGGCUCUUGAGUUCUCAUGACUCACUGGACUGCUAUGUUCUUGACCAAAAAAUUGAGAAGUAAAGUAUUUAAAAGAAAAACAUUCUGUUUAGAACUAAUGAAAGCAUUUUACAGAACAGAUUAAAAACAGACAGAUGUUUUUUUCCUGUUAUGAAAUUUACCCUAUAGGGUAAAAUAAAAUUCCAUUGUAUGGGAAGAUUUUAGCUUCCUCGCUACUCUUACCUGUCCCCAUGAAACUUAUUGCCUGGCUAUAUUUGAAUGUUAUUGCUCCAAAAUAUAAUUCAAAGUAUUGUGCUGUUAUUAGGCGUAUGCUGGUGAACUCUGUGGUACCUGCACAGAUGUAGAUGUCACAUAAUGCAAUCCUCCUGUUGGAGUUGACUUUCAAUGGUGAUGUACAUUUAUGAGAAUUCAUUUACUGAAACCUUAGGUAAGUUAGAAUUAAAAUUCAUUUGAGCUCAAAUUUAAUCCUUACCUUGGUCAGCAAGUCAAAAAAAAAUUUACUUUUGGGUCUAAGUAUUAUAGUUAAAUGGGUGUUGCAUUUUUUCAAAAUUAUUGCAACGUGGGUGCCCUUCAGACUAUGAAUGCAUUUUGGUAACUUUACUCUUUCUUACAGAUGCAUUUUGGAAUUAAUUUUGUACAAAGAUCCUUUGACGUGUCCAUUGCUUUACCACAGCAUUCAAAAGAAAUGAGCUGAGGCCGUCAUUGACCACUCUGAGGGAUAGAGAGAUGAUUUUCUUUGCUUUCAAAAAAAAUGCAUGGUCAUUAAUCUUUCUUGAGCAACAUGUGCAUAUAACCAGUGCCACCAACGUUGUGGAAGUGUGGGCUGCACAUUCCACAAGCUUUUGCCAGAUCAUGAACAACAAGCAAGAUGUUGGAGGAACUCAGUGGGUCAAGCAGCAACUGUUGAGGGAAAUUGACAGUUGACAUUUUGGGUCAAGACCCUUCAUCUGAACUGUCUGUGCUUCCCUUUUGUCAGAUUGUGAAGCUUGACGUAUCUGUUACCUGUCUCCAAAGGUUUUGGAACUCUUACUCUUGAUCAGUUUUCCAGCCUGAUACUUCUUUCUUUCUUUCUUCCUUUUCAAAUCUUUUUAUUGUUAUAUUAUACAGGAAAAAUAACGUGAGUACAUUGAAGUAACAACACUUACAAUGCCUCAAAAAAAAACAUUAUCUUAAAGAUUGAAAAAAAAUUUUGUGAUAACAAAAAAACCUACUAAGCAGAAAAGUGAGAAAAAAAGAAAACCCAUUAGGUGUACAACCCCGGAGUCAUGCGUCAUACAAAAAGCUUCUAAAAAUAAACAUCAAACCGCCAGCAAGAAAAGAAAAUAUACUAAAAAAUUUACAAUUAGAUCGUGGAAAAAUUAUAUCAAUUAACUCAAAUGAUAAUAACGAGCAAAUGAGCCCCAUCUUUUCUCAAAAUCAAAUAAAGGUUCAAAGGUUCAACUUCUAAUUUUCUCCAAACUAAGACAUAGCUUCACUUGAGAGAACCAUUGUGACAAAGUGGGAGCUGAUGUAUCCUUCCACUUCAACAAAAUGCAGUAACAUGUUGGUCAGACAAGGAAGUACCAUAAAUAUUUUGAGGAAUUAUUCCAAAAAGCACAGUUAAUUUAUUAGGUUGUAAAUUAAUUUUAAGUGCUUUAGAAAUUGUUGAAAAAACCGACUUCCAGAACUGUUCCAAUAUAGAACAAGACCAAAACAUAUGUAGCCAGUGUAGCUAUCUCAGUUUUACAUCUAUCACAAUGACUAUCAACAUUAGAAAAGAUUUUAAAGUCUCUCCAGCCUGAUACUUCACUCACUAUAUGGUGCUGAAAUACUGUUGGAAGUGUCAUCUUUCAAACAGUAUUAAACCAAGGCUCAUUUUGUAAAACUGAAAGUGCCUAUGACUCUAGACUCUCGGAACAGUAUUGCGGAGGAACUGACCAUUUGGCCCACAAUGUCUGUGGUGAUUAUAUUGCCAAAGCAAACUGAAUCUUUUCUCCCUGCACAUGGUGUCGAUCCCUCCAUUACCUGUGUAUUCAAAUGUCCAACAGCCUCUGAAAAACCAGUAAUGUUUCUGCUUCCACGAUUACCUUUAGCAGCCUAUUCCAAGCAUCUGUUACUCUGUGUAUUUUAAAAAAAAGCUAUUCUCAGAAGUGAAAGCUCUGUGGUGUCUAAACCACCAUUUAUUCCUCAUCCCACAUUACAGAAAUAGAUUACCUAGUCAUGUCACCUGCCUGAUAUUUUCUAAAGAUAUUCACCUUAAAAAGUUAAAGGAUUCAGCUGUGUGUAAUUAAAAAUUGGAGUUGGGUCAUUAAGAAACAAAAUUGGGAAGUAUUUUUUUUCUUUACAGUUGUAAUAAUAAUCUGAACUUUUAACUCAUUGACACUUUCUGACAAUGUGAUUAGAUUUGCUAUCUGCCCAAGUUCUUUCCCUUGAUUGUCAUACCUAAUUUGCAUACAAAUCGAAUAUUCACAUGUACCAUUCCUGCUAGUACAUGACCGAUUUUUUUUUGGUGCACCUUUAGCUCAUGCUCCUUUUGGGUUGUAUCGGAGGCUGUUGCUUUAUGUUAACUUCAAACUCUGCCGGACAUCUUUGAGAAAAUUUUUUUUUUUAAUUCCAGAUUUAUUGAGUUAGUUGAAUUUAAAUUCUGCAUCUACUGAUAGUGAGAUUCAAGCUCCUGUCUUUGGAUCAGUGGUCCAGAACUCUAGCUGCUGGUCCACCAACUUAACAGCAUGUGGUAUUGUUAUUCCUAUGUGUGUGGGUCUUCCCUGUCCAGUCUGUCUUUUUGUGUUCGUGUCUCUCUGUGUGAGAGCGCAGGCAUCUUUGUCAAAUAGAAGCCAUAUUCAAAAUAUGAUCGAGAAUGUGGUGCCUAAAAAGAAAGCCUUUCUGUAUUUUCAUAUUGGUUAAAAAUAAAUUUGCUUUUAAAGAAUUGUGAAUCAGAAUACUUUUUCAUUGUCAGGACUUGCAAAUCCAAGUAUGCAUGUUACUUAAAUUUAGUUAGUGUUGCCCUAAAGGCAGAAACUUGUUCUUUUUUUUUGAAGACUAUAUACAUUGCAGAAGUUCCCACAGGCCCCUCAGUUUUUGGUAGCAGUCCAUGGCAUAAGCAAGGUUGGGAACCCCUGAUUUAAUGUGACUUUCUAGUCUUAGCUGUAUGCCUAAACCAAAAUCCCAGAUUUUUAGCUGUAGAACAAAUGCCUGUGAUCCAGAUUGUAGAAUAGGGAAUAAAAUUUUGAAGCCAUGUGAUCUGAAUUAUUACAUUAUGUGAUCUGAACUAUACAUUAUUCACUUCAUUGUCGAGUCCUAGUUUCUCAAGACUGCUUCAGCUAGUAAAACCAAGUCUGGUCACUCCAGCUGAUGUUGUUAUAUUAUUUCAAUUCAAUGUCUUGUCCUCUUCUCUGAAUUUGUAAAAUUGGUGUGUAUAAAAAAUAGAUGUAUUACAAAUUGUGAUGUUACUUGCAUGACAUAGCUCAAAAAUUCAAAGUAAAUUUAUUUUCAAAAUACAUGUACGUAACCAUGUACUACACUGAGAUUCAUUUUUAAAUCUUAUUUAUUUAGAGAGGCAGCGUGGAGUAAGCCUCUCUGGCCCUUUGAGCUAUGCUGCCCAGGCAACCCCUGACAAACCACAUUUAACCCUAACCUAAUCAUGGGACAAUUUACAAUGACCAGUUAACCUACCUGGUAUGUCCUUGGACUGUGAAAGUAAAGCAGAGUACCCAGGGAGAACCGACACAUUUCAUGGGGGAGGAUGUGCAAAGGACGCCAGAAUUGAACUCCAAGCUGUAAUAGUGUCAUGCUAACCACUACACUACCAUUCAUGUGGGUCUUCACAGUAAAUGCAAAGAAACAAUAGAAUCCAUGAAAAACCAGAUGCAACAAAGUCAACACACAAUAUCCGUUUUAUUUAUUAUUUUAAUGUUGGUAUAUUUAGCACCAAAUAUUCAUGAAUUCUGAUUUUAUGAAUAGACAUAACUAUUGUGAGGUUGAGGAUAAUUUUGUAUGGGGAAAAAGUUCUAGUUGGAAGAUAAUUGGUUCAUUGAUUACUUUGUUCUGCAGCUUUUGCCAUUUAGUUUUCAUUAAAACAAAAAUAUUUUUCUCAACUUAUUUUUUUCCUUGAGUGAUGAUUUAGCUAGGAUAUAGAUUUUUGACAACAGGCAUUCUGAUGCUAUGAUGAUCUGCAAGUACCUGGAGGUGCACCUGGACGACAGACUUGAGUGGAGCACUAACACAGAGGCUGUGUACAAGAAGGGCCAGAGUCACCUCUACUUCCUGAGGAGACAGAGGUCCUUUGGAGUAUACAGAUGAAUGCACUGUGAUAGAGCUACUGCCUGCGGGGUGGAACCUAAGAGAUAAUCCUGAAGAUAGAUCAACCUGCAGUGGCAUUAACAUUUUCUGAGAAACCAAUCCACUUUUCACCACUGACCAUGGCCAGCAAAAGGAAGUCUAAAGUUCCUUGUAUGGUCCCUGCAAAUGAAAGUCUGGACCAGAACCAAGAUCUGGAUCUGGUUACACAUGAUGAUGACCUUCCUCCAGAUAUUUCUGAUGAGAGUUUGACAGCAGAUGGUACUGUUGUUGAUGAUGAGACUAUUUCAGAAAAGGAAAUACAAGAUAAUCAAAUCAGAAAACUAGAAGGAGGCUAUGAAUGUAAAUAUUGUACUUUUGAAACACAGGACUUAAAUAAAUUUACAGUACAUGUUGACUCAAAGCACCCAAAUGUUAUUCUCAAUCCAUCCUACUUCUGCGUGGAAUGUAAUUUUAUGACCAAAAAGUAUGAUACUCUUAAUGACCAUAAUGCUAGAUAUCAUUCAGGUGAAAUAAAUUUUAAACUUAAAAUGGUGAAGCACAAUAAUCAAACUGUCUUUGAACAGACUGUUGAAGAAUGCAACAGUAAUGGGAUUCCUACAAAUGAAGAUCAGGCAGAAAACACUGAAGCUGCUUUAACAGGAAUAUCAAUAAGUAAGACACCAAUCAUGAAGAUAAAACAUAAAAUUGAGACCAAAAGAAUCUCUCUGUCUCCAAGUUUGGUGGAUGAAUUCGCUGCUAGACAAGAAAACAAUGAUGAAUCUGUGGGAAGCAACUCAGCCUUGGGAUCUACUAGUACCGGUGGACUUUGCAUUAACCAAGAAACAAAUGGUGUAAUAAUUGAUUCAGCAGGUAUGAGUCAAUUAAUACCACCUCCAAAUUCUAAUUUAAUUCCAAAAGUUAUGAUUCCUUUAAACAGCAUUCCAACUUAUAACACUAAUAUGGAUGUAAAUACUCACCUAGUGAACUCCUUCAACAAAUUCCCCUAUCCUACACAUUCAGAAGUUGUAACACUAAAAACUCAGACAAAAUAUACGGAGGAACAAAUUAAAAUCUGGUUUACUGCUCAACGGCUUAAACAUGGUAUCAGCUGGACCCCAGAGGAGGUGGAAGAUGCCAAAAAAAAACUGUUUAAUGGAACUGUGCACACUAUACCACAAACAAUUACAGUCAUACCAGCACAGAUUUCAACAUCUAAUGGAUUGCAGCAAAUCCUCCAGCCUUGUCAGAUAGUUGGUCAGCCAGGCAUUGUCUUGGCACAGGUUACCAGUACAAAUGUGGUUGCUGGGAAUUCUCCUGUCACUGUUACUGUUGCUGGAGUUACAAAUCAAAUGCAGUGGCCAAAACGCAGAACGCAGGUAAGUGAGAUAGGUCCAGAAGCAAAAAGGCCAAACAACUCUCAGCUUCCUCAACUUGCUUCACAAGGAGGUUCCCUUAAUUCUGCCUCGGGCACUGAUCCCUACAGUGUCCGCCUCAAAAAGACAAAAGAGCAACUGACAGAGCUAAAGGCUAGCUUUAAUAGAAAUGCGUUUCCCAGCGAUGCAGAGAUUGCUCGAAUUAUACAAGUAACAGGCCUCUCAAGAGGUGACAUCAAGAAGUGGUUCAGUGACACAAGGUAUAAUCAUAGGAAUUCAAAAAGUAAUCAAAGCAUUAACAUUGCUGAAGUCACCAACACCAUAAUUUUGGAUUCGGGUGAUGAUACAACGACUUCUGAAUCCCUUGUAAUAAACCAGCAGCGCAGACAUGGGUGGCAUGCCUUUCCGGAUUUCACUCCCCAGAAGUUUAAAGAGAAAAGUACAGAGCAGCUUCAAAUCCUUGAAGAGAGCUUUCUUUCUAAUCCAUUUCCCACCGAUGAUGAGAUUAACAAGCUAAGGACUGACACAAAACUCACCAGGCGGGAGAUUGAUGUCUGGUUUUGUGAGAGAAGGAAAGUUAAAUAUUCAGAAGAUAAAAAUGAGAGUGGAAAGGUAAUCGAUGGGGAGGUUGAAGUCAAGCACAAGGACUCUGAAGAAGGGCGCACCAAAUCACAUUAUGGGCAAGUUCAUGCUACGUCCUUGGCUAGUGGCUUAGCAAUACCAAAAGUAAUGGCUGGUGCUGCUAGUAGACUGUAUAAGAAAACUCCAGAGCAGCUACAUUUGCUUAAAAGUGCAUUUGUCCGCACACAAUGGCCAUCCCCUGAGGAAUAUGACCAAUUAGCUGCAGACAGUGGACUGGCCAGAACUGAUAUAGUAAGUUGGUUUGGAGAUACAAGGUAUGCUUGGAAAAAUGGUAACUUGAAAUGGUACUAUUAUUAUCAAAGUGGUAAUGUGGACAGUCAAAAUGGACAAAGCCACAUUUCCUUCAGAAAGUAUAAAGGUAGAGGUAGAUCGAGAGGUAGACCACGAGGAAGAGGAAGGUACAGAGGAAAUGGAAGAUCUCACAAUUGGAGUGAAACAACGUCAAACAAAACAUCUUUGGGACUUGCUGCUUCAGGUCAAAAUGUACUUGAACAAUACUAUUUGAAACACAAAUAUUUAAAUGAAGAGGACCUUGAUGAUCUUGUGGCAAGAUCACAUAUGAGUUAUGAAAGCAUCAGAGGAUGGUUUGUACAAAGGCAAGCAGAAGGUGUUGUUUCAGAGAGCAAUAACUCGGAUGGACAAUACCCUGGUGAAGAUGAGAAAAAUGAGCCACUUGAAGAGGAAGAAGAUUGGGCUGCUGAAGAAAAUGAAGAUGAUGCCUCUGAUGGAAGUGGCAGCAGUGACGUGUGGAAGCCUCCUUCACAAAAGCGAAAUGAAGUAACUGAACCAGAUGAUGAAUUCUAAGUAACCUGUAAAAUGAACAGCAAAUAUGUGGAAGUCUUCAGUGGACACUUGGGAUAAAGAACCAAUUCAGAGAAUCCGCAAUUAUGGUUAUCCUCUUUGAGCUGCAAGAUUAUGUCUAUAAAGAAAUAUCCAUGCACAACACAUUUUAUUUGUCAGUAAAGUAAAGGCUUUUUAAAAUCACUUCCACAUUGCCAAAGUUUUAUUACUGCAGCUAAAAGGACUUUUGUACAUAGCUAUUGUUCUGGGUCAGAUUUGUACAGUUCGGGAUUUUACUACCUUUUUACUGAGGUUUAAUUUUUUGAGAUAUCUUUGAGCACAAUUUUUCUUUAGAUUUGGCUACCAUAUUUUUCUCAUGCAGGCUCUUGAUAUUGUCCGCAUAGUUUGCCACUGUGAUAUAGUAAUUUGCCUUCCUCGGAUACUGGCAGUGCAAGUAAAUCUUGAGCAAUCAAAUUAUAUUUCAGCAUUUGUUUAAAAUGCUGAUAACUGCUUGCCAGUAAAGAAGUAUAAACUCCUAUAUUUGUGACUUAAUUAUGCAUGGUGCAUUUGUAUAUGCAUUGGUAAAAUCACAUGGUUAACUUUAUAAUUUAAUCUUUCAUAGCUACUUGAAUUGACACUUAUUGUAGGUGUAGAUAAAACCAGCAGAAUUGUUUUCCAUAAUUACUUUCUUCAGAAGCCAUAUUCCAUUUGCUAGUAUUUUUCAGUAUCUUCUGCAAGUCAUUUUGUAUGCUGAAAUUAGGAAAAUGCUGCUUCUAUAUAUACAGUACUACAUUUAUAUAAUAUAUAUAGUAUUUAAAUAUUAUAAACAUUAAGGGGGUUGCAAACUGUGGUUUGAAGAAAAUCAAUGUCCAGUUCUAAUUUUUCACGCUAUUUAUUGUAUUUUUGAGUAUGUGUACUGUGAGAAUAAACAUUCGAGUUGAUUAGUAUGCUUUUAUUUUUAGUUAGCAAUUCACCACCAUAGUUAUUUGCAGUUAGUCUUACUUGUGAAAAAAGUGACCAGUUGUGCUCGCUCAUUUUAUUACUUAUAGUUUAGAUUACUUUCUGAAAGUUUAUGAAAACUAUAAAGCACUAAUGGUGAAUUAACCCAGUCAAUAUGUACUUAGUUUUAGAUAUUUUCUACUUCUAUACAAAUUUUAAUCAUGGUUACAGUAAUGGCUGGUGACUGCACAGUUUUAUUAUGCAAAAGGAAUUUUGCAUGGUUAUUAUACAAGUACUGUAUACUAGAUUCUUCAGUUUGAUCAUUAUUAGAUUAUAACUUUGGCUGUCUAACCUCUGGCACACUCAAGUCAUAGCAGUAUUUGGACUUGUAUUAGUAAUUCCCAAAAGCAGUUUAAGUUUUUCCCCUUGACAGUUUGAAACUCAUGAAGGAUUAUGGCAAAAUAUGUCCAAAAUUAUCAUAAAAAAGGACUUUACCUUGGUCAAGUUUUGAGGUUUAAAGUAUACAAACAACAUGUUAAUAUUUAAAUUUGGCAAAGACUUAUUGUUACACAUUACUGUGCAGCUUAUUUAUCCAAACACCUUUGGGGAAAUGCUAACUUGUUAGGCCAAUGCUCAUUCUGGCUUGCAAGUGCUGCAGGUUUUAAUUUGCACAGAGCUAGUCAUCUUAAAGAUAUGUUUUUAAAGAUGUUAACAAUGAUCACUAUAAUAAUGAAUGAUUUGCAAGAUAAGCAGACCCAUGCAGUGUUCUUCAAAACGGAACUCGAAAUGGUACUACUAUCUCCUAUCAAAAUUGUAGAAAAAUAAUUAAGCAUCUUUUUAAGUCUCAGAGCUACAUUUUUAAUCAAAAAUUUGGAAGCCUUAAUACAUCACAUUCAAAAUUAUUUUUCUAGGAUACUAUAGUAUUAAUGCCAUUUUUUUGCUAUGUAAUCCAAUGGCUUGGGUUGGAUUGCCUAAGGCAUUGGUUACAUGCCUUGUAGAACUCUUAUUGCCAUUAACAGGUGAACCUUGCACCCUGAUUUAGUCUAAAAAUCAAAUCUUAAAAGUACAUUCACAUUUGCCCUUCUUUUGGGUUUGCACUGUAAUCCUUUUGUUCAGCCAUUGCCUCUGUAAUACUUGUGUAAAAGAUGAUCUGAAAAGAAUUUUAAUGUUUUUAAGAAUAUCUGUGACUAUCCAAUCAGCCAGCAUUCUGGGCAGUUUCCAAGUAACAGCACAUUAUAAGGGUUUGAGGAAAUUUUGUAUAGGCUUUUUUUUUUGAACAUUUUAUCUGUUAUAUUGCCACAUUUUGUUUUUAAAUUGAGAUCUGUUUAGCGCUCUACUGCAGUUUUGUCUUGAAGGUUGCGUUUGUAGAUCUGAUGUUAUUUUCCAUUGACUACAAUGCAAUGAUUGUAAUAUGUGAAUAUUACGCAUUUCAAAAUAAACCUCCAUUCUGUGAUUUA